AUGGCUGUUCGCUUUCUAAUUUCCGUUCUUAUUAUCUCAUUGGUUUCAUUUACACAUGCUUAUGAUCCCGACCCCCUACAGGAUUUCUGUGUAGCCGUUAACGAUGCUGAAGCAAAAGUUUUUGUGAAUGGAAAGAUUUGCAAGGAUCCAAACAUGGUUAGUGCUGAUGAUUUCCUCUUUCGUGGACUGAAAAUGCCUGGAAAUACAUCAAACCCCGUAGGAUCAAGAGUCACUUUUGCCACUGUCGACCAAUUUCCAGGACUCAACACUCUUGGUAUCUCUUUAGUCCGUAUCGACUACGCACCUUAUGGUCUCAAUGCACCCCACGUACACCCUCGGGCUGCUGAGAUUCUUACUGUUGUGGAGGGUACUCUCUAUGCUGGAUUCGUUACUACGAACCCUAUAGAUCCAAACGUAAAGAACAAACUCUUCGCCAAGACUUUGUAUCCAGGAGAUGUCUUCGUAUUUCCAAAAGGUCUCAUUCAUUUCCAGCUUAAUCUGGGGAAGAAUAAUGCACUUGCAUUUGCUAGUCUAAGCAGCCAAAACCCAGGAGUCAUCACAAUUGCAAAUGCAGUUUUUGGAUCCAACCCGCCCAUUAAUAUUGAUGUUCUCACCAAGGCUUUCCAAGUUGACGCGAAUGUGAUUAAAUAUAUUCAAGGAAAAUUCUAG